CGAUAGGGAGUCCGCGCUUGUAAGUUCGUAGUGAAAAAUGGCCGGCGCCAACGAUUGUUUCAGCAUCGGGAGUACGGUGGCCUGUAAAACCUGUUACAAGGAGGAGAUCGAAGGCGAGGUGUUAGCAUUCGAUCCACAAACUAAAAUGCUAAUCCUAAAAUGUCCGUCAUCCAGCGGAUCAACAACAUUAAACGAUGUACACAUAGUAAAUUUAUCCUUGGUAUCAGAGGUCCAAGUAAAGCGGGAAGUUAGCCCUACCACUAGCGAGCCACCACAAAGCCUUAAUUUACAAAAGCUGAACAGAAGAGUACGUAAUCAAAUUGAAGAGAAGAAAAAACUGGUAAUGGCUCUGCAGGCCGGAGUAUCUCCAGAGGGACGAAAACUCUUCAGUACUAUAUCAAAAACUAUCCCAGAAAUUACGUGGAAUGGGGCAAAUAUAGUUGUAUUUGACGAUGUCACAAUCAGACCACCAUAUAAAGUUGACAACGUUCAUGGAAACAUAGAAUCUGGAGCAUAUAAACAUGUAAAGAAAGUGGUUGAAAAACACAUUAAAGAUACGGAAGCGUCGCAACAGGCACAACAGCGGGAACAACAACAACAGCAACAGAAGCAAAAAGGAGAAGUUCCAGUCUUUGAGGAAAAGUAGGAAAUGACGAUAACAAGAUACUAAGAAAUUAAGAAAAAAAGUCACUGCAAAACUACUACAUAAGCCUAUCGAGAGAACCAGCAUCACAGAUUAAGUUCAAAUUUAUUUGAAUGAAAACGCACUUCACAGGAAUCAAAUGUGAAUUGAUUAUUGAAAUUUUAAACGAGUAUCAAAUGUUUUGAUAAUAUCGUAUGAGCAGCAUUUUCAAAAUCAAUAAAACACACCAUAUUAAACUUUUUAGUAAGAGCAUGAUCUUUGACGAAGAAUGCUGUUUAUUGUAUCUAACAAGCUGCCAUACAACUUUAGGUUCUGCUGGAAUUACAUGUGCUCUGAUGCAGGUGUGUUUUAGUUUAGUUUAACAUUGUUAUAAAAUACGUUUAAUAGUUGUUUACAGAUUAUUGAUGUACAUGAUGGUAGCAUAAUUCGGUUGCCAUGUGAAUAUCAACUUUUUUAAAAAUACAAAUCGAUCGACGUGGUAUAAUUUAAGUCCGUAUGAAACGGUUCAAUAUAUUUUUAACUACUACACCACAGGUGGAAAAGUAACAAACGAUCAACGAAAAUUUUCAUACGCGAAACAUCCGACAACAAUACUGAUUCAAAUUUUAUGUUCACUCGCUGAUUGUAAUAUCAUUUCUUUUUAAUCGCUCAUUAUAGUACUGUCGAUCUCUUGGAAUUUGUAAACAAACAAACGAAGAGAAAAAAAAACAUGAUCGUCGCAAUUCGUUGCAAUUCAUCGCGCCUGCGUCGGCACGAGACGUAUUCGAUCGCGACGUGACAUUGUAAGCUGAAAAUGGAUAUCCCCUUGCAUAGAGCAAGCCAUAAAAUUGUUAUUUAAAUGAAGACAUCAAGCUUGGUUUGUGCAAGGGCAACCUAUACCUGUUACGAUAUAUUUACAGGUAAUUUCAUUUGCAAUGAUAAAAUAUAGAACUCGUCUCGUGCCCUUUACCUUUUGAACGUGGAAAGACGGAAGAAAAGAAGAAAAGAUAAUAAAAAUUAAUUACAUAAAAAGACACAAAUAAAUGUAAUAUAAAUUCUA